GAUAUCGAGCUCUUACAACUGUUUCACAAGAUUUACCAAAAGAAUGGCUAAUUAGUAGUGAAAGAUAUAAGAUUGAUGAAAUAAUGCAAAAACAUAUUCCAUUGUUAGAAUUUGACAUGAAAACACAAAUGCAAAGUGAUGAUUCAAGUGAUUCAGAUUGUGAAGAAACUAAAGAUACAUUAGAAAAGGGUGAUUAUCGUAAUAUAUCUACAAUUCUCCAAUUUCUUAUACCCAAACUUGUCGUGAACAAAGUUCUCAGUUAUGAAACCUUUACAAUAUACUUGCGGGUCUCGGGUGACGAAAGAAAUGAUUUAAUAGGUGAUUUAAGUCAAACUUGGACGAUAUCAAAAGAAAUGAAUAAAAUUAAAGAAAAUCACCAAUGUUAUCCGGGUUAUAUUCAUUCAUCUAUAUUUGACAAGAUUCGCAUAGCUGAUUACGUG